GACAUAGAUGAGUGCGGGGAGCAUGUAUGUGGUCCUAACACUUUGUGCUUCAACACCAAUGGCUCUUAUUCGUGCGCCUGUCAAGCGGGAUUUCGCUCAAAAAAUCACACGUUAAACUGCACAGGUGAGUAACGAAAUAAGGUAUUUUCUGUGAUAAUAACAUUAAAUGUUUUAUUGAUUACACCUUACUAAUUCGUCUUUCAAUCCAAACUUUUCCAUGCCCUAUUAACGAAUAGAGUUAAGAUCCCUCUUAUUGAAUGAUCACUCUAUUUUAGAACACAUUAUCAAUCAUUGACACCAAUCAAGCUUCCAGGUACUACGUGCUUCGGUUUUUCUUAAUAUUUGAGUGUUCUUUCAAAUCAAGCUACAUCCCCGUAAGGGAUAACUAUUAGCUGAAAUAUCUUGUAAAAUCCACGCCCAAUUCGAUCGGCGGUUAUGCCAGAGGAAUUAUCCAUUUUACUUUCUUUCACACAACAACUUUGAGAGGCUUUUGUUGGUAACUUUCAUGAGCACGCAAGCAUCUGCUACUCUAGUUUAAGACCAUAAAUGUUGUUUGAAAAAAACAAUAAGUGGCUUCCAGUGACAACCUCGUCCCCAGGUCCCCUCCCAUUUUUUUAGUAAAAAGCCCUAGGGACGAGGUUGUUCCAGAGAAGGUUUUUCGCAGCUGAGGACUAGUAGAAAAUCUAGCUAGUCCAGUCAGAUUAGGGUUUGCAUAUUUUAUAUCAUAACUCUUAAGACUCAGGACUUUUGUUACCAAUAUUUCAGACCAUAAGGCUGGGCUUAAAAUCGAAAAUCUUUCGUGCCAAAAAUAUCUACAAAUUGUAUAAAACGUACUGAUGAGAAAGUAUCUCUUCCAUCUUAGACGCUUUAUUCUGUAAUUACUUUAAAGUAAUAGGAUGAAUUCCAUUUGCAUUUUCUUGUUAUAUUUCAGAUAUUGAUGAAUGUUUGGAGAACACUUACACCUGCGACUCAGCGUCAAACUGCGAAAAUACACUCGGUGGAUAUGAUUGCAGGUGUAAGGAGGGCUAUUAUAAAACAGCUCAAGGCACAUGUGCAGGUAAUCAUCAAAUCACGUAUUGUACGCACAUAGAGCAAAAAAUACUUUAGGUGAGACGUUAAAGGGCCCUAAAAAUUUGUAAAUGAUAGUAGAAAGCCUUAAUUUAGUAUAGACUUAACCUUUCCUGGAGUUUGAAUAAAAACCGCAUUCACGGUAAUGGUCUUCAAAGAAGGUGAGGUAAGUUGUACCCAAUCUCCCUCCCCCCCGUGAUUUGUCCUGACAUGACCGACCGACCCACUUUUACGAAAAAGGGGCAAUGGAAAACGAAAUCUGACGUCUGAUGUCUCCUUCACUCUGUGUUUAUGUAAUAAUAUAUUUACUAACAAUUAACCCUCAGUUGUUCGUUUAUCCAGCCUAGAUUAGCAGUUGCUACUUGCGGGUCAGUGUAAUUACUGAAGUUAAGUUCUUGAAUUGUUGUUAUUGUAAACUCUCAUUGGGAGUGGCCUAUGAUCCCUCAAUAGCGAAGAGAGUAUACUGUCAUUGAUUACUCACACGCCUUAUGUAAAACACACUGCUAACUCAAAUCUCUAUAUGAUUCGUCGUGUUCAAUAUACUUCCCUCAUUCUUGCUGCAGUGCAUGGUUUAUUAAAUCUUUUGAAACCUCUCUUGUAGAGAAGUGCGGUGUAAGCUGUGGAGAAAAUGCUUUUUGUCAUCAUGGACAGUGUCUCUGCCUUCCUGGGUACUCCCUUGGA